GGAAGGUUCCACCAAGUCUCCAGCGUUCCAUAGAAGGCAGGGAACGUUCCAAGGCCCGGGGCAGGCAAGCGAAGCAGGACAGCUGGGGGGCGCUGGUCGCAGCAGGACUUGCGUAGUAGCUGCCCUUGGGGCAGGAAUCGAGCUUCGCAAGCCGAACCCACACCUUUCCCCCCACUUCCGACACCGAGCCGAGACGAUGCCCAAUGAGUCCUCAUUCAGCAAGCCCUCGGCUUCCUCGGAGCACCAUGGCCAGGGGGGUAAGAUGGGCAGCUUCGGCAAGGCAGCCGCUCUGAUGGCCGCUGCCGGGGCUGGAGGGGGCUCCACGGGCUUGGCUCAAGCAGCCGCCGCCUCGGGGAAGAAGUCCCCCCGGCUGCCCAAGUGUGCCCGCUGCAGGAACCACGGCUACUCCUCGCCCCUGAAAGGGCACAAGCGGUUCUGCAUGUGGAGGGACUGCCAGUGCAAAAAGUGCAGCCUGAUCGCCGAGAGGCAGCGGGUGAUGGCAGCCCAGGUGGCUCUAAGGAGGCAACAGGCUCAAGAAGAGGAACUAGGGAUCAGCCACCCAAUCCCUCUGCCCAGUGCCACUGAGCUCUUUGUUAAGAAGGAAAACAGUGGUGGAAGCUCCUGUUUGCUGUUGGAAAGCAGCAGCCCAACUCACUCAACAAGCACAGUGACUACAGUGUCCACCUCGCCAUCAGAGGGACGGAUGCUUAUUCAGGACAUUCCUUCCAUCACCAGCAGAGGGCAUCUGGAGAGCACGUCUGACUUGGUCGUGGACUCCACCUACUACAGCAGUUUCUAUCAGCCAUCCCUGUAUCCUUACUACAACAACCUGUACAACUACUCCCAAUACCAGAUGGCUGUGGCCAGUGAAUCUUCCUCAAGUGAGAUGGGGGGUUCAUUAGUAGGCUCACCUGUGAAAAAUAGCCUUCGAAGCCUACCCGCCACAUAUAUGUCAAGCCAGUCAGGAAACCAGUGGCAGGUAAAGAGCUCCGAGAACCGCCAUGCCAUGGGCUCUCAGUACAGGAUGCACUCUUACUACCCACCUGCUCCCUACCUGGGCCAGAGCGUUGGAACUCCUGCAUGUGUUCCGCAGAUCUUCACUUUUGAGGACAGUCCUUCAUACUCUGAAUCAAAAGCCAGCGUGUUUUCUCCUCCCAGCAGUCAAGAUUCUGGCUUGGUGUCGCUUUCCAGCAGCUCUCCUAUCAGCAAUGACAGCACUAAAGGAGUACUGGAGUGUGAGUCUGCCUCUGAGUCUGGCACCUUCACUGUUAGCACAGUCAUAGAAGAUGGUGAAUAAGAAAAGUUCACUCCCACUAGUCUGUGAAAGUACUAUUUUGGGUGGGGGGGGGUUUAUAAAUAUAGUGUUCAUUGUUUACCUGUUUUGCAUUGACUGAGCCUAAAGUAGCUGUUGGAAAAGAAAAAAGUUUGGUUUAUACUUGUUUCAAACUGGUGCUGUAUUGACCGAAGACCAACAUUCCUAUGGUAGUACAGGGACCAUACCUUCACAGACUAGUGCAGAAUUGAAUCCUUUACCCUUGGAGUAAAUACCGUAAUUCUUUUCAUUAAAUGUGCACUCCACAAACAAAACCCCCUUUAUUAAAGGCCUACACUAUCACAAGAGUAAAAUAUAAUCAAAGUUAAGAUGAAAUGUUAAGAACCUUGAGUUUUUGGUUUGUUUGUAUACGUAAGACUGCUAUGAUGCAAGAUAGUCCAGCUAAAUCCCUAACCAGUGAUUUAAAGCAAGCUGAGUAGACACAGCUAUUGACGUGACAAUUUUUUCAGUAGAAAUUGCCUUAACCUGGAAAGAUUUAAACAUAUUUUUUUGAACUGCAAUUUUUGCUACAAAGUAAACAUUUGCAUUUAGGGAUUGCUAUUUCUGGGAUAGAUCCAGAAUAAAGAACCCUGAAGAGAUGUGAUUGAAAACCUUAGUGUCUUUAAGGAUCUGACAGUCCCUACAGAACUACUCCUUUUUCUUCUUUUUCUAGAAGUAGCAAGAGGGGAAGUGAGUGUGUGAUUUGAUAAACAAUAUUUUUAAAAAUCAACCUGGUGAUGUAUUCUUGAUGGUUCUUUAUGGGAUAAUGCUGCUGUUUGACUAUAAGUGUUUUUAUACUAAUGGCAUAAAAUUAACAGACUUUGCAUAUUACAGUUGAGUAUAUUGCAAUAGAAUGCAAUCUAAACUGCAAGUAAUAUGUCUUUAAAAAGUUGCUACAGAUUUCUGCGUUCAUUAUUUUGUUAAAAAUUUGCUUAUGGUGUACUUCCCUGGUGUUACAGAAACCAACCUGAAAUGAAACUAGUCUAGAAAAAUUCAUUGUUCUCUGUAGUUGCAGCUGUACCUGAAAUAAAAAUGUUAUUGAUGACUGAA